AUGAGUAAAAGAAAAAUAGCGGCUGAGAAUAGAAAGUUUUCUGAUUCUUGGGGACUUAAGUAUUUUUUUGUGGAGUCUGCAAAUAUUAUUACAUGUCUAAUAUGCAACACAGCUAUCAGUGCAUGCAAGGAGUAUAAUCUGAAGAGACAUUAUGAGACCAAACACCCAACAUUCGCUAAUUUAAAAGGCAAUGAUCGUGUAAAAAAAUAUGAAACUUUAAGCCGCUCUCUAAUUGCGCAGAAAGGUUUGUUUAAAAAAGCCUCAGAUGAAUUAGAUGUUUGCGUUGAAGUUAGUCUGAAAAUCGCGGCCCUCAUCGCUAAAACGGGAAGGCCUUUCAGUGAUGGUGAUUUCUCUAAAGAAUGCUUAAUGAUAGCUGCUGAAAAGCUUUGCCCUGAUGCUGCAAACAAAUUCAAAAAUGUUAGCUUAAGUCGAACAACAAUUCAGAGAAGAGUAGAAAACCUCUCAGAAGAUUUGACAGAACAGCUGCAAAAUGCUGCCUCUAAAUUUAAAUAUUUCUCUUUGGCGGUUGAUGAGUCUACAGAUAUUACUUCAACAGCUCAGCUUUUGUUAUUUGUUAGAGGCAUAGCUGACAAUUUUGUUGUAACUGAGGAAUUAGUUGGAAUGAGCUCCAUGAAGAGCACAACAACUGGAGCAGAUAUUUUAUCUUCAGUAUUAAAUUUAUGUAAAUCUCAAAAUCUUGAUAUAAACAAAAUUGUGAGCAUUACAACCGAUGGUGCUCCAGCAAUGAUGGGGGCAAAAAAUGGAAUGGUCGGUUUACUGCGACAAAAUUUAGGCGAAAAGAAAUGCGACCUCAUAUCAUACCACUGCAUUAUACACCAAGAGCAGCUCUGUGGUAAGGAAUUAGGGUUUGAAAGACUUAUGAAGAUGGUGACAGAGGCAAUUAAUUUCAUUCGUGCUCAUGCUCUCAAUCAUCGCCAGUUUAAGGAUAUGUUGACAAAUUGCAAUGCAUUGCAUAAUGAUUUGCAAUAUUAUUCAGAAGUACGAUGGUUGAGUCGUGGAGAAUCCCUAAAAAAAUUUGCAGAUGUAUUGAAUGAAGUCAUAACAUUUCUUGAAGAGAAAGGAAAGCCAACGCGAUUCUUGAAAGAAGAAAGCUUUGUCCGUGAUUUGGCUUUCUUAGUUGACAUAACAGGGCAUUUGAAUGACUUAAAUACGAAAUUAAUGGGAAAAAAUCAAGUUAUUUCUCAACUUGUAAAUGCAGUUGAUGGAUUUAAGCUAAAGUUAGGCUUAUUUUUAAAACAGCUAGAGGCCCAGAAUUUUAUUAACUUUCCGUAUUUGAAAAAAGUGAAAGAAGUACACCCAGAUAAAGUCUUCGAUUUUUCCCAUCAAAUAAAAGUACUCCAAGAUUCAUUUGACAAACGAUUUCAAGACUUUGAAACAAAAAGGGCUAGAAUAAAACUUUUUGGGGAUCCAUUUGGUGUUUCAAUUGAUGAAGCCGCAGAAGAAAUUCAGCUUGAGUUAAUUGAUCUUCAGACCUCUGAUAUACAUAAGUCGAAUUUUAGGGAAUUGGGACUUCUGGAAUUUUAUAAAGCCUUGCCACCUGAAUUUGAAAAUAUUAAAAAAAAUGCAAGUAUGUGUGCUACAAUGUUUGGUAGCACAUAUAUUUGUGAACAAACGUUUUCAUUGAUGAAUAUUAACAAAUCUAAGUUAAGGAGCAAAUUGACUGAUGAACACUUGGAAUCAAUUUUAAGAAUAUCAACCAGCCACUAUGAACCAAAUAUAUCGAAACUGGUAUCUAAAAUACAGUCUCAGCCAUCUCAUUGA